CUGUGUUUGUUUUGGCAUCUACGAACCAUUCCGGUCUCCUCUCUGUCCGUAAUACAGUUACCUCUUUAUUCUCGUUUAGUAAAAGAUUUAAACUUUAAUAAUUACUGCAUUAUAGAUACAGCUUAUUAUAUCGUUUGUGGUUAAAGAGAUAAAGUAAGGCAGCCGCAAUGCCUUUCAUGAAAGGGAAGUUCCCACUUCGGAGGACCCUACAGUACCUGGAGUCGUCGAACCUCGUCCUGAAGGAGAGAGUAAAGAUUUUUGCCCUUCAUUACAACAUCAUAGGAAACCAUCAUCGAGGAGCAAAGGAGUUUGCGUAUUGGAACAUUCCUCAAAUUCAGUUCAAGAAUCCAGACGUUCAGGUGAUAACAUUUAAGAACAUGACUCCAACCCCAUUCAUCCGCAUGUUUUGUGAGGAUGGAGAAGACAUUCUUGUUGAUGUGGAUUCCAAGUCGAGGACAGAAAUAACUGAUCACAUAAAAAAGAUAAUUUGCAAGACUGACGAGACUCUAGCCAAGGAAGCACUCGAGCGUCAGAGCUUGAAUAACCCUGGCAACUUUGGGUGGGGCUGUGAUCGGCAGUGUUUGUGUGAAAUUCCUGGACAGGUCCCGUGUCCUGGUGUUGUUCCAUUGCCAAAAGCUAUGCGUGGAAAAUAUAAGUAUGGUGAAGUCUUCGAUUAGAGGUUAGAAAUUAUAUAAGUCGUGUGUAAAUUUUAUGUAAAAUAAAAAUUUUUAUUUAAGAA